CCGGACCAGCUUUGUUCGCAGGGUGGCGCCUGCUCUCCAUCCAGGCCCUGCUCCUUCUGGGGGCUCGGUGGGCAGCUGGCGCCGUGGGCCCCCCGCCAUGAGUGUCUAGAGGCACGGAGCCACCAAGGUCUCUCUGGAGGGGGCUCGGGGCGCUGGGAGGAUGGGGCAGGACCAGACGAAGCAGCAGAUCGCGAAGGGGCUCCAGCUAUACCAGUCUAACCAGACAGAGAAGGCGCUGCAGGUGUGGACGAAGGUGCUGGAGAAGAGCUCGGACCUCGUGGGGCGUUUCCGCGUGCUGGGCUGCCUGGUCACGGCCCACUCGGAGAUGGGCCGCUAUAAGGAGAUGCUGAAGUUUGCUGUGGUACAGAUCGACACGGCUCGGGAGCUGGAGGAUGCCGACUUCCUCCUGGAGAGCUACCUGAACCUGGCGCGCAGCAACGAGAAGCUGUGUGAGUUUCACAAGACCAUCUCCUACUGCAAGACCUGCCUCGGCCUGCCCGGAACCAGGGCAGCCACCCAGCUCGGAGGCCAGGUCAGCCUGAGCAUGGGCAACGCCUUCCUGGGCCUCAGCCUCUUCCAGAAGGCCCUGGAGAGCUUCGAGAAGGCCCUGCGCUAUGCCCACAACAACGAUGACACCAUGCUCGAGUGCCGCGUCUGUUGCAGCCUGGGCAGCUUCUACGCCCAGGUCAAGGACUACGAGAAAGCCCUGUUCUUCCCCUGCAAGGCUGCAGAGCUCGUCAACGACUAUGGCAAAGGCUGGAGCCUCAAGUACCGGGCCAUGAGCCAGUACCACGUGGCUGUGGCGUAUCGCCUGCUGGGUCACCUGGGCAGUGCCAUGGAGUGCUGUGAGGAGUCUAUGAAGAUUGCACUGCAGCAUGGGGACCGGCCACUGCAGGCACUCUGCCUGCUCUGCUUUGCUGACAUCCACCGGAGCCGUGGGGACCUGGAGACAGCCUUCCCUAGGUACGACUCUGCCAUGAGCAUCAUGACCGAGAUUGGAAACCGCCUGGGGCAGGUACAGGUGCUGCUGGGUGUGGCCAAGUGCUGGGUGGCCAGGAAGGCGCUGGACAAGGCUCUGGAUGCCAUCGAGAGAGCCCAGGACCUGGCCGAGGAGGUGGGGAACAAGGUCAGAACUGAGUCCGUCUGCUGGGUCUGGAGUCAAGAGCCCAAGGUGGGAUCUUGGCUGGGUCAGCUCAAGCUGCACUGCCUAAGCGAGAGCAUCUACCGCAGCAGAGGUCUGCAGCGGGAGCUGCGCGCCCACGUCGUGCGCUUCCACGAGUGCGUGGAGGAGACAGAGCUCUACUGCGGCCUGUGCGGCGAGUCCAUCGGCGAGAAGAAUAGCCGGCUGCAGGCUCUGCCCUGCUCCCACAUCUUCCACCUCAGGUGCCUGCAGAACAACGGGACACGGAGCUGCCCCAACUGCCACCGGUCAUCCAUGAAGCCUGGCUUUGUGUGACCCCAUCAGGUCGUGGGCUUCUGCCUCGCCUCCCCUGCUUCUUCUCUAGCCUCACGCUGGAGGCUGCCCUGACCAGCUGCGCCUCCAGUGCCUGUUUACUCCUGGGGCAGCCUCCAGGGCCUCCUCUGGCCUCAGCCAGGGCCUGGGGCCUGCCCACUGCUGCUCCUCCAGGCCCAGCUGCCCUCCCCCACCCCUUUGUACUUUGAUCUUUACAGAAAAAUAAACCGUUUGUACCUGG